GCUCGAUAUUGGCAUAGGUUCAGCUUUACAGUUGGAGACACGUGAGGUGACUGAGCUUAAGCCAUUGGGCUGGCCGUACGAACCUGGGAUCAUGGGUGGAUUGGGUCUUGUCAUGUUGAAACCUGAGGAAUACCGGCACUGGGACGGACGUUUGUCGGGCGUUCUUCCCUUCAUGGGGUGUUAUAUGUCGUCGGUGCCCACGGCGCCUAAGAUUUGGCUUGUUGAGAACCGUCGGGAAGUGCUGGGAGCGUAUCGAAUGCCCCUGUAUCAGCAAUACGGCUCAGAGCACAUCUUCGACUCAGGCUUACCCCCGAGUCGUCAGGGACAGCGGGCGAGACUGGGAACGCCUGCAGGCGACGCCUUCUUCCAUAACCCUGAUGGUGAUAGUAACAACUAACUGGUGGAGAGUUCAUUGAUGCUGAUCUUCAAGAUGGCUAGACCGUCUGGACGGAGAUGGUGGAUGCUGAGCUGCUACAAGAGUAG